CAGUUCCCGGCUAGAGUCGAUCGUGACCGUUUGGUUUAGUGUUUGAGCUCCGGUUUAAUUUUAUUGAAAAUACGUGCAAGAAGAAGAAGAAGAAGUUAACUGUUUGUUGCCAAGGAGUGUUUGUUUUGCCAACUCUAGACAGCUGCAAAACUUGACUGUUAAACUACGGAAUAACAGAAAAUAUUUGUACACUAUCAAGAUGUACGCUAGGCAGGACUCGUUAGGGCCAACCCUAAAGGAGGGUGGAUCCUACAUCAUGGAAGGACACGAAUCAGCAGAGGCGAAGAAUGUCAGCAUCAUCUUUUCGCCGCUUCAGGAGGAAGCCGGUGCACUGUCCAAGAUGCUGAAGAUCUUCGAGGAGCAUAAGGUGAACCUGUUGCACAUUGAAUCGCGGUCGUCAACCCGUGGCCCUGGAUACGAGUUUAUGGUUGAGUGCGACAGUAAGAGUCAGAAUCUGAGUGCAGCCAUCGAGACGGUACGGGAGCAGAGCGACUACUUUAACAUUAUCUCGCGGGACUACAAAGACAAUGAGGCUACCGUUCCGUGGUUCCCGCGUCGUAUUCGUGAUCUGGAUCGUUUCGCCAAUCAAAUUCUGUCGUAUGGAGCCGAACUGGAUUGCGAUCAUCCGGGUUUUACCGACGAGACAUACCGUAAUCGUCGCAAGUACUUUGCUGAUAUUGCAUUCAACUACAAGCACGGCCAACCGUUGCCUCAUGUGGAUUAUACUGAAGAGGAGACCAACACUUGGAAAGUGGUUUUCCAGAAUCUGACCAAGCUCUAUCCGACGCACGCCUGCCGCGAGCACAAUCACGUGUUUCCGCUGUUGAUCGAAAACUGUGGCUACAGGGAGGACAACAUUCCUCAGCUGGAAGAUGUUUCGAACUUCCUGAAGGAUUGUACCGGCUUCACGCUUCGGCCCGUAGCUGGUCUGCUGUCGUCCCGUGACUUCCUCGCCGGUUUGGCGUUCCGCGUGUUCCACUCGACGCAGUACAUUCGGCACCCGAGUAAGCCACUGUAUACCCCGGAACCGGACGUGUGCCACGAGCUAUUGGGCCAUGCUCCGCUGUUUGCCGAUCCGUCCUUUGCGCAGUUCUCACAGGAGAUCGGAUUGGCGUCACUUGGCGCUCCGGAUGAGUACGUCGAAAAGUUGGCUACGUGCUUCUGGUUCACGGUCGAAUUCGGUCUGUGUCGUCAGAACGGUCAAUUGAAGGCCUUCGGUGCCGGUCUGCUGUCCUCAUUUGGCGAACUCCAGUACUGCCUGUCCGACAAACCCGAGCUCCGUGAGUUCGAUCCUCCUACGACGGGUGAGCAAAAGUACCCAAUCACCGAGUACCAGCCGAUGUACUUCGUGGCAAAUAGUUUCGAGGACGCGGUCCAGAAGAUGGUCACCUACGCCAACACCAUCCCCCGUCCGUUCGGUGUCCGCUACAAUGCCUACACGGAAAGUGUGGAAAUCCUCGACUCAAAGCCGCAGAUUGCCAACCUGAUGCGCAACAUCCACGGAGAGUUCGAAAUUCUGCAGAAUGCUUUCAAGAAACUGUAGGGGUAAGCGAGGCUCGCAUUUUUUUUAAAUCUGUUUCUAAGUUUUACAAUACUCUUAAGGCUACAAACACAUACAAAGGAGAUUUAUUUUAAGCUUUGUUCGUUUUUAAGAAUCUAAAAUUGUGAAUAAGAAUGUGCUAAACGAAUGCCAAUAAUACACAGAGAUAGUGCUAGCAAUCAUGCGAAAACCACCAAAACAGGAACACAACGCAAUUACCUCGCGAGGUGAUAGCUUCCCCGUUGAAGCAUGUCGAUGAAUGGGGGACAGGCGCGCCAUUGAACCAUGCCCAAGCCGUGAACGGCAUCCGUACAAUCGCCACCACAAGAGCAAGGUCAAUGAUGUUUGCUAAUUACUGAUUUACUGAGAAACGAUUGCUAUUAUUUUUUGGGCGGGGUGCGAUUGCAUGUUGUCUGCAAGUAGCAAUCCAUUUACGUCAGCAUGUCGCUCGUAAAACUGUUCGCUCAUGCGAAUCGGCAAACUAAAUUAAGCAUAAUGAUAAGAACGCCUAUGCUCAAUAAACAAAUAAAAUAAAAAUGACCUG